GCGCUUUUUCCUGUUACCCGGGCCAGGAUGCUGAGGUUCACGGAAGAGCAGGGGCUCGCCCUGGAUCUGCCACAUAAUUAGGGCAAAAGAAAACUAGACGUAGAUCCUUUCCUUCAUUUCUAAUACCCGAUCUGGAUCUGUUGCCCACGGGAGUCGUAAGCUCCCACUCACAGUAUGACCUCGAGUCAGGGUGUGCCCGUUGCCGGCUGUCAGUUUGCCAGUGAACGGAGAGUCUUUGAUUCAGAUUCUCUGGAACCCUGCGGGAGCCAUGUCCACCUUGUUCCCAUCACUCUUACCCCGGGUGACUGAGACACUGUGGUUUAAUCUGGACCGACCCUGUGUGGAGGAGACUGAGCUACAGCAGCAAGAACAGCAGCAUCAGGCCUGGCUCCAGAGCAUUGCAGAGAAAGACAAUAACCUGGUACCUAUUGGCAAGCCAGCGUCAGAGCACUAUGAUGAUGAGGAAGAGGAGGAUGAAGACGACGAUGAAGACAGUGAAGAGGACUCAGAGGAUGACGAGGACAUGCAAGACAUGGAUGAGAUGAAUGACUAUAAUGAAUCCCCUGAUGAUGGCGAGGUCAAUGAGCCUCAUCUCCAGGUGGACAUGGAGGGCAACGAGCAGGAACCGGACCAGUGGAUGAUCUAGGUCGACGAGACACACUGGGUUCCAGCAGAUCCCAGGCCCGCCCCGCCCAGCCUGAACCCCCUGCAGAACCAGUGGAUCGCUCCAGUGCCUGGAAACUCACCCUCAGGCAGCACCUCAGCUUGUUGCCAGGAACUGAUCUCGGCUGCCAGCCAACAUUCUGCCCCUGAAUCUCCAGGGCCCGAACCCACCCCACUUGUGUGGCCAGUACCUCCCUGCUCAUUUGGGCCUAGUUUCUUUGUAACUCUUUAAUAAAGAAACAGGACUGAUUUCUGC